AUGCCAUCUCUGAAUGCCAUCGCUGGCCUGCUGCCUCCUCUGGAGAUCUCCAUCCAGGAGAGCAGCAUGCUGGUGGACCUCACCGAGACGCUCACGCAGCACAACAUCGCGCAGUGCAGCACGGUCAUUGUGACCAGGGACGGCCACGCCGACUCGAGGGCCUGGAAGGAGCUGCGACGCAGGGACAACAUCCGCGUCUACAAGGAGCGAGCGCGCUCCAGGGCCACGCCCACCACCCCGUCCCUGCUGCUGCUCGGCACCGUCAAGGGCAACCUCGACGACGUCAUGUACGCCAUGGUGACCCCCACCGAGCAGGCCAUGAAGAUCAAGUCCAACUGCACGCACGACGGCGUGAUCGACCGCAAGGUGCUGCACGAGAUCGUGCGCCCCAGCGUGGACGACCCGUUCCGCCACGUGAGCGUCAACUGGUCGCUGUACGCCGACUCGGAGCCGCACGACUACGUGUGCGUCGAGGCCACGGGCGUCACGCACACGCUGCGCGGCGAGCGCGUGGGCUUCCACCUGUCGCACUCGGUGGCGUUCUCGCAGCUGCCGAGCUUCUCCGAGUCGCACGGCGUGGAGCGCGGUCACCGGUCGAUCUGCUCGCUGUACCGCGAGACGACGGCGGGCGAGGUCGAGUGCUACGUGCGCGGCUUCUUCGACUUCCGCGACGGCGACAACGAGCUGCUGACCAACAUCGCGCUGCACGCGAUCGCCAACCAGUGGCUGUCGUUCUCCCGGCAGAUCGAGUUCGCGCACAUGAAGAAGCUCGUGUGGCGUCUGCGUCGCAACAGCAGCGACUUGGACGACUUCGUCAUGGCUGCGGCCGUGGAAGAGCACAAGCGGAAGAUGUCGGAGGCGGCUCUGAAUCGAGAAGCCACUUGCCGAAGCUGCGAGCAGGCUGUGUGUCCUCGGUGCCGAGUCAAGAAGCGCGUGUGCGUGCUCGCUCCGGACCAACGUACGGUGCUGGAGAAGAGACGCAGCUUCUGCGCUCCGUGCAUUGCUGAAGUCACCACGAGCAACGCGCGGGCUAUUGCGCAGGAGGAACUUCAGGUCCAGGAGGAAGAUCAAAUGAAGGAGGCGGAAGAGCAGGUCGUCUCGCUCUCUAGACAACGCACGACGUCGUGGAUGGCUACCAGUGCCUCCUUUCGAUCGUGCAUAUAG